UCUCGGGCCUGUGCGCGGACUCCGCUCUAGGGACUCGGCCCGGCGCCUCCAUCUCUAGCGUGUCCCCUGCAGUGCAUGGUGUGGCCCGGAGUCGCUGGUCACGCGUCGGGGCGCGACCUGCUCCGGGUGAAGGUGGUCCCUGCUGCAGUUGCUGCUGGAGUCCCUUGGAGUGGCGCUUGCAGCUGGGAAGAUGUUGGGCCAAACUCUCCUCACCUGGGUCCUGGCCGCGGCUGUCACCUGCGCCCAGGCACAGGAUGUGCCGCCGUGGACAGAAGAUUGCAGAAAGUCAACUUAUCCUCCUUCUGGACCAACCUACAGAGGACCAGUUCCAUGGUACACCAUAAAUCUUGAUUUACCACCCUACAAAAGAUGGCAUGAAUUAUUGGCUCACAAGGCACCAAUGUUGAGGAUUUUAGUGAAUUCCAUAACGAAUUUAGUGAAUGCAUUUGUGCCAAGUGGAAAACUAAUGAAGAUGGUGGAUGAAAAGUUGCCUGGUCUAAUUGGCAGCCUUCCUGGACCCUUUGGAGAGGAAAUCAGGGGAAUUGCCGAUGUUACUGGGAUUCCUCUAGGAGAGAUUAUUUCAUUCAACAUUUUCUAUGAAUUAUUUACCAUGUGUACAUCAAUCAUAACUGAAGAUGAGAAAGGCCACUUGUUACAUGGGAGAAACAUGGAUUUUGGAAUAUUUCUUGGGUGGAAUAUAAAUAAUAACACUUGGGUUGUCACAGAAGGAUUAAAGCCCUUAACAGUGAAUUUGGACUUCCAAAGAAACAAUAAGACUGUUUUCAAGGCUACAAGUUUUGCUGGAUAUGUGGGCAUGUUGACAGGAUUCAAACCAGGACUGUUUAGUCUUACACUAAAUGAACGUUUCAGUAUAAGUGGUGGAUAUCUGGGUAUCCUAGAAUGGAUGUUCGGAAGGAAAAAUGCCCAAUGGGUAGGGUUUAUCACUAGAUCAGUUCUGGAAAACAGUACAAGUUAUGAAGAAGCCAAGAACACACUGACUAAGACCAAGAUAAUGGCCCCAGCAUAUUUUAUCCUGGGAGGAAACCAGUCUGGACAGGGCUGUGUGAUUACACGGGAGAGAAAAGAGUCUUUGGAUGUCUAUGAACUUGAUCCUAAGCAUGGCAGAUGGUAUGUGGUACAAACCAAUUAUGACAGGUGGAAAAGCACCUUGUUUCUUGAUGACCGCAGAACACCGGCAAAGAAGUGUCUAAAUCACACGACACAGAAGAAUCUCUCGUUUGCUACCAUCUAUGAUGUCCUAUCAACAAAACCUGUCCUCAACAAGCUGACUGUAUUCACAACCUUGAUCGAUGUUACCAAACAUCAAUUUGAAAGUCACCUUCGAGAUUGCCCAGACCCUUGUAUAGGCUGGUGAGCACACAUCAGCCAGCCUGUAGGACAUACUGAGACCUGAAGAUGUGUUCUGCGGCGUGCCUGGUCUCCUUCCAUAGGCUAAGGCUAAGCCUCUUGUCUUUAGUCAGGACUGUCCUCAUCAUGUUUCCGUUGUUUACAAACUGUUUUUGUUGUUUGUUUGUUCUGAUCAUCAUUAUCACUUCGACUCACGGGUAAACUCUUUAAGGGACGCCGUGUAGAAAUUGUCAGUUCAUUUCACUUUGACACUGCAGAAGGGGUAACUGUGACCUCUCUGGAACCCAUCAAGGUUCUCUGAUGGUGUUUGAUUCAGUGCCCUGUGUGAUUAAUGUAAAACUCACCUUUCCUUUUUUAAUCUACAUAUUUAUGUUUUUCUGUACACCAGUAGUUUCUUUUUUUUCUGGUUCUCAGAAUCAACAUGUCAUUCACCUUUGCUGUUAGUGACAGCAGUGCAACGUCACUGUGCUUAGCUGGAGUUCCUCAGAUGGUCAAUGAUACUUACUUUAAUGGGCAAUCAACAGACCUCUGACUCUGGAGGAUUAUAAAAUAACUAUUAUACAAACAGUAUUUUUUUAAAAAAAAGAGUGUUCUUUUUUUUCCUAAUUAUCCUGCCUGCCAGUAACCCCAGGAAGUUUCUAGCUUCAAAUCUUAAGUUCAAGAUCUUAGCACAAACUUACUAUUUUAAAUUCUUAUAUGUAUAAUCAAUGUAAUGUUUUUUUCCUUCUAAUCAUAUUUUUUUAGAUUUUCAUACAAUAUAGUAUUAAUAUUUUUCAGAAAUCAAUGUAUUUAUGAAAACUGCAAACAAAACUUGUUCAUCUUUCUAACCUUCACAAUUGACAGUGAAAUGUAUUUUGUGGCACACUGUCUUCGGUGUGGUGAUGCUCAAUAAACAGUCUCUGUCAGCCAUGUCA